AUGACUGAAGUAUCUUUAAAGAAGUUGAUUGGUCUUUCGGUUAAAAGAAAGACUUCAAGUAAGGUAUUUGUGUCUUUAUUCAACCAAUUGAAUGAAAGAAGUCCUGUUACUGAAGAUGAAUUCUUAGAUACUUUUUUGAAUUAUCCUGGCAAUGAAGAAGAAGCUGCCAAAGCCAUUGAAUACUGUAUCAAGACGAGUUUAAGCAGUGAAACAAACAUGGCCAGACUUUGGAAUUUGAUGUCGAAACUCGAAGUUAAACAGCAAGUGAAAAUUUUGAAAGAAGUUAAUAAGAUUUUACUAAAAGAAGGGAAAUUAUCAACUAAACUACAAGCUUGUAUGAUUGAAAGUAUCAUCAAGUACUCGGGCUCAGUAAUGUCUGAAGGAACUUUAGUAUAUCAAAGUGUUUUGUUAUUGGGUUCAAUUGUCAAGAAAUGGCAUUUGAUUGAUGGUGAAACCAAGGUGAUUUUAUCAAAUUUUAUUGAUACCUUAGAUGCUUCCAGUUAUAAAGAUCUUUCGAGGUUUUUGAUUAAAAGUAGUGGACAAUCAUUGGGUAAGUUCCACGCGGUAAAGCCGAGUGAAGCAUCUCACAAUAUCGUCAAUACAAAUCAAUUAUCAAAAGAUAUUACAAUGAUAAAUUCAAAUAGCUCCAAGUUUAAUGAAUUGAAUAAUUUGAAAAGCUAUUUAUGGCUUUAUGACUUGAUGGAAAACUGGAGCUUCUCCAAAAAUCAAAUUUUUGUCAAUAGUUAUGAAAAAUUAUUUUGCUCUUCGAGUAAAAGUAAAAAUAAGCAUACUUCUAUAGUGAAUAUGGUUGAAUCGAUUUUUAAUGGGUUUGUAACCAGUUUAACUAAUCAAGCUCCUUCUUAUAUCAUUUACAAUUGGAAAAAUUUUCUUAUUACGAAAUUACCCGACAUAUUACUCAAAGUAGCAUCGCCAAAAUCUAUAAUUCAAGAUGCAAUUAAAGACUGUUUUAAAGCAUUUGAUGAUGUGACUAAUAAAACAUUAUCAACUUUUAAUUGGAAUAAUAGUAUAUUUGAUAUCAGGAGAAUUUUCAUUAAGCACUGUAUAUAUGCAGAGGUGUUGCCAUUAGAAUUUUAUUUUGAACAAUUCCCAGAAGAUGGUGAUAAAUUUAAUUCAACAAUUUUGAAUAACGAAAAAAAUUUUACCAUCAAAUCUAUUGAAGAUGAAUUGACUAUUAAGUUAUUAGAAAUCAAUUCUGAAUUCACAUCAUUGGUCGAAAGUGGGCUCAUUGAGUAUAUUAACCAAUUACCUGAUCAAAUUAGAUUUCAACCAAAAUAUCAGCAAGAAUUAACCGUUAUUAUAAAUAAAGUUAUUGAUUCAUUGAUUGAAGAGAAAAAUAUUGAGAAAUUAAAUCGAUUAAUCAUUGCUAUAACUAAUAACUAUGAAGUUUUAAAUUUGAUUUUUAUCAAUGAUAACCAAGGACCAUGGAAUGUAUUAAACAAACUAAUCCAGUUUAUUGAUAGUGAAAAUUUCAAUAUUGAAGAAGAUGAUAAUUUUCAAGAGAGUUAUUCAUAUUUUGGAGUUUUAAUUUUAGGUAUUAUAACAAUUAUUGAAACUUUCAAUAUUGAUAUAUCAAACACAUCAAUUAUGAAUUCAUAUACAAUUGACUAUAUUAAUAAUUUCUAUUAUAGACAUUGUGAUAAUUUAACUAGUCAAGUGAAUACUACUGAGGAGGAAGAACUUACAAUUAUUUCAAAUUACAAUAAUUUGAUUAAUGAAUGGAUAAAUUCGUUAUUUGACGAUAAUAAUGACGGAUUAUCGGAUGAAUUAAUUAAAUCCAUAAAUGUUAAGCAGAUUUAUAAAAUUAUUCCAAUAAUUUAUAAACAAGCAAUAAUUGCAACUGAAAAUGGAAAAAUAAAUGAAGAUAUCUUAAAUGGGGGAAUUGAUUAUUUAUCACAAAUUUUUUUAGUCCCCUGUACUUUAAGUGUUAUUAAAUGGUUAUUAAAUAAGAUUGAGAUUGAAAGUUUCAAAUCAACUUUUGAUACUAAAAGUCAUUUAUGGAUCAAAAUAUUAUUUGAAAUCUUAAAAUCAAAUUUAGGUGAUUCGAUUAACGACGGAGAGUUUCAAUUCAGCAACGAUGAAUCUAAUCUAAUUUUCAAGAUUGUAUUAAAGAUUUCGGGUAGUUCAAUAAUUGAAAUUUUAACUAGAUUCCCAUUAUGGAAUAACGUUGAAUUAAUUAAAAAAAUUAUUAAUAUAGUUCAAAAAACAAUUGAUCCAAAUUAUAAAAAACAAUCAUUUAAAAUAACCACAAAUUUGAACUUCAUUGAUGAAUUGAAAUUGAACUUGAAUAAUCAUAACCUUGUUAAUCAAUUAAUAUCAAAGAUUGAUAAAAAUGAGUUGGUUAGAUAUCUAAUUACAGAAUUCAAUAAUUAUCAACAUAAUAUCAAUAAUGAAGACUCUAAAAUAUCAAUUAAUCUUCUUACCUUUAUCAUAUUACUCAAAUCGUUCAAAUCAUUUGAUAGCAAAGCCCUGUUAAUCAAGCUUUUCAAUCAAUGCCGCAAUGAACUACCAAAUUCUUCAAAAAUCGACCUGUCAUUCAAUAUAACUAUAGAUUUUAACUUUUCGGUUAUCUUCAACGAUCCGAAUCUUGAAAAUUCCGAAGAUGAUGACUUAUUCAACGAAUCUCCAUCUAAAUUCCAAGUUAAAGAUCACUACAAUAAGAUUACUCAACUGAAUACCGGCCUUUAUCAGUUUGUGAAAAUUUAUCAAAUUUUCAAAAAUAACCUGGACUCCGUUUUCCAAAAAACUUUAGCUGUGCUUAAAAAUAAGUUUAUCAAUGAAUACGAUCUUUUCCUCUAA